UUCUUCCCGUUUUCAGCAGCCCAUGACAGCGGCGUCCGGCCGUACGUGUUGUUUUUUGACUCCAGUUCAGCAUUCCUCUCGAGCAGCUUGACCACUGCCUCGUGGCCUUUCCCUACAGCCCAUGAUAGCGGCGUCCGGCCGUAUUUGUUGUCUUUUGUUUCCAGAUCAGCCCCCUCCUUGAGCAGCAGCUUCACCACCCUCUCGUACCCUUUUUCAGCAGCCCAUGACAGUGGCGUCCGGCCGUACUUGUCUUUUGACUCGAGGUCGGCGCCCUUCUUAAGCAGCCGCUCAACCACCGCCUCGUACCCCUUCUUUACAGCUACUAAUAGUUGCUCCUGGUCAUAG